UUGUUUGUAAAUGUGUUAACAAUAUCAAUCUGAAAAACUGCUUGGAAUUUAAACAAGAUAUAAGAAUGAAUAUUACUUCGCCAAAAUCAUCGUUUUGCAAACUCGGCCUCUAUUCAAGGCAGAAGCCCUUAAAAGUAAUGGUGCUCGGUCAGGGAGGCGUUGGAAAGUCUGCUAUGGUCGUAAGGUUCAUAACGAGGAGGUAUAUCGGAGAGUACGAUCCCAGCCUUGAGAAAGUGUACGCUUUCCAUACGGUCAUGGAUAACGAAAUGGUGUAUUUUGAUAUUCUGGACACAGCUGGCCAACCUCAUGAAAACGAAUGUCUGACUCUCGAGGCGAAUAUUCGUUGGGCCGAAGCUUUUAUAUUAAUGUACAGUGUGACAGACAAAUGUUCCUUCGAUGAAUGUAAUCGACUGAAAUUUUUGAUAAACUACAACAAACGGCGUAGGCGACUUGUAUCUUCGAAUUCCAAUAAAGAAGGACUUUAUGACAUUCCAGUUGUACUAGUUGGUAACAAAAAUGAUCAAUGGGGCGACAGAAUGGUGACACUUGAAGAUGGACAACGGCGAAGUAAAGAAAUUGGCUGUGUCUGCUUUCAUGAGAUUUCUGUCAGAGAAAGUAUAGAACAGGUUUGGUCAGUAUUUCGUGAUGUAUGCAGAUUUUGGCGUGUACAUAGUCGCUGCCAUAAAUUAAAAAGGUCCACAAGUGAUGUUCAUACAGAACCCUUAAUUAGUCCCGAGCUUUUAAAUUAUUUUGGAUCGAACAGGACAUCCCUCACAUCUGUUGCUAGUGAAAAUGGAAAAUCUAUAGUUUUACUAGGUCAUUCAUGGAACGAAGUAGAUAUCGAUGAAGCCCAAGAAGACGGAGGUUCUGAAGAUACUUUAUCGACACCUUCAGAGUCCGAAGUAACCCCUUUCCGGGGGCGCGCCUCCACAGACGGUCACCUUCUGUCGAGGCCCCGAAGAUGGAGGUACCCGCCGCCCGUUAGUCAGGCUGCACAUUGUCGCGCCGACAGGAGGAUGUCUAUAUCCAUGAGAGGAAAUAACGCUAGCUGUUAAAGUAAUUUAUUUUAUUUAUUUAUUUUAAAUUGAAAUAAUAUUUAUUUAUCUCUAUCAAGGAACAUAUAAAUUAUUUAGAAGGA